CGUCUUUUCCUUUUCCGUUCUUUUUACUGUUUUGUUUGUUCUUUCAAGUUCUGGUUGGCUGUCUUUGUUUUUUCUUUUUGAAUUGUCAAAUACAUGAAUGUAGUUUCGUUAAGGACGUCGAAACAGUGAUGGGUUUUUUUUGUUUUGAGUUAGAAUUUCUCAUGCUCUUGGAUUCUUUGUUUUGACUCUGCUCAUGUUGCUAUGAUUUGCCAUGCUGCUGCAUGUUUAUCAUCAAGACAUGACAGAAGUUAAUGGUAGAGCUUCCCAUUGCAAUGAAAACAGAUGUUUGCAACCUUCAACGUCUCGUAAUGAACAGAAAAAGGCAGCAGAUAACAGCCCAGGCACUUCUCGAUUCGUUAAUCAUGCUUCAAUUGAAUGGGAAGAGAGCAGAAGGAAAUGGACUGAAGAUAUAUCUCAGAGGCCUCGCGGAAUGCAAAAUGAUCCAAUUAUAAGCUGGUCAACGACGUAUGAAGACUUGCUCUCGACCAAUGACCCUUUCCCUAAGCCAAUUCCUUUACCUGAGAUGGUAGAUUUUUUGGUCGAUACCUGGCAUGAUGAGGGGCUUUUUGAUUAGAUUAUCUUAUCGAAGGGGCUUCACACCGAUAAUUCAUCAGCUUCUGCUACCACAUCAGAUGUUGUUGUUAAAUAGUGAUGAACAUACUUUUAGCUUGAUUAUGCUUCUUAAUGAUGCAUUGCGCUGUCGAUAAGCUCUGCUGCUUAUAUAUUGUUCUACAACAAUAAUCACUCUGUGGGGGAUAAAGUGCUACAUCUCGUGUUGUCGAAUGAGUACCCUGUGUUGCAUAGCUUAGGUGGGCGGAUUGAGCAUGGCUUAUUUUUCCCAGUUUUAGUUGUUACAGUGUAGUAUGAGUUUGAUAUAUAGGUAACGCAUUCAACUGAUAAUCUUAGUUGUUAGUUCAGUUUCUUCUUAAAAUGUAGAAGCAACUAGAUUUGUAUGAACACAUAAAAUGCUGCAGAUGUUGGUGUGGAAUGCCUAAUACUACUAUUUUUGAAUUUUGAAUA